AUGCAAGAUUAAUUGAAUUAUGAAGAGCAAGAUUAAAACUCAAAAUAAAGAAUAUCAACUUGCAAAGAAGUAUAAUAAAAUUGAUUACAAUUUAAAAGGCGCUUAAGUUUCUAUUUUAUGUAAAUGAUAAAUUGCUGCAAUCUAGUGAUUUGGAUUAAAAGGAAGUAUAUUAGAAAUCACUUCAUAAAUGGAAUUAAAUGAAGAAAGAAGAAUAAAAUUAAUAAUAACACAAAAUAGAUAAUGCAAAAUAAAAAGAACAAAACAUGCUCAAAAGAAUAUUAUAAGAAAAGGACAGAAGUUAAGAAAUUGAUAUCUCUAAAUUAAAUUCUCUGUAAAAUGGUUACUAGUAAGUUUAAAUAAUAUAAAAUUUAUUAUAAUAGGAGAUUUGUUAAGAAAUGAAGCCAUAAGCAAUUUAAUCAACAAGCAAUUUCAAUGAGGCUUUGGAUAAAGCACUCUAAAUGGAAAAUGAAAAAAAUUUUUCUGUUAAUUAUCAAAAAGUGGAAAGUUCAGUUCAAUCAGAAAAAUUGUAAGAAGAGUCAUAGAAUAAUGAUUAACAACAACUGAAUUUGGAAGUUAGCGACGAUGAAGGUAAAAGGAAGGUGAUAAAAUAGAAUCCAAGAAUGAAAAAUUCUAAAGCCAGACAAUCAAAAUCAAAUUAAAAAAGAGUGCUUAGCUAAUCUAAAAAGAAACAACUCUUAAAUCAAGAUCUUGUAAAUAAUGUUAUACACUCUUAUAACUGUAAUAAUGAAAUGACAAUCGAUCAUUUGAAAUAAUUGAUGGAAAGCAUGUUAAAUGAAACUGUUUGA